UAAAGACGGUACUGAACUGGUUUUAUCUUAGAGUAAACAAAUAAUUUUGUUACAGAAAUUAUUAUUAGUCAGUCAUCAACUGAUUGAUUUCUAAUUGACAGAGAGAGAUGUUUUACUCCUUGCUGUUUCUUCCUUGUGUGGCUCUGGGGGCUGUUGUGCCUCCUGCUCCUAAAGCUGCGGCUCCUAUAUCAGGGACUCCUGAUUCCUAUUCUGGUUCUGCUCCAGGUCCUGUUAAACAACAGUUUGGAUCAUAUCAGGAUGCAGGUUAUGAUGCAAGCUGGGACGGAGCUGGUGAUUAUAAAUCAGACAAUGAUAAACCUGUGGUUCCUCUUGGAACCGGAACUGGUCGCUCCACCUAUGAAACGAUAGAUCCGGAUUACUACACCCCAGAUGAAAUCCGGAAGCAGGGAGAUAAGAAGGAUUGUCAUCCGGUAGAGAAGACUAUAUAUGUAGAUGAAUGUCUUCCAUAUGUAGAGAAAACCUGUUUUACUCAGCAAAAGGAGAUGUGUAAGGACGUGUCUGAGAAGAAUUGUACUGCUGUAAUUGAUCAGUUUGAAGAAAAGGUUUGUUUUAAUGUGACCGAGCUAUUGUGUCAACUGGCAGAGAACGUUCAAUAUGAGAUGGUUGAUGAAACCUAUACUGUUCAAAGAUGUACACAGGUUUCGGAUAGGGUCUGUGAUACUGUUUACGAUCUUUCUGUGAGCACCAAGGAUGAAUAUCAAUGUGUGGAUGUUAACUAUCAGUACUGUUGGGCUGAGGAGAAGAUUGUCAAGGAUAGAACUUGUAUCUUCUCUGUUAAUCAUGAGUGUGGAAAGUUUAAACCUAAGGAUGGAAAAGGAUCUGUAACUUGUGAAAAGGUUCCAACUAAGAAGUGUUAUGAUACUCCUCGUAAGGUUCGAGAAGAGAUCUGUGUACCCAGGUCUGAUAAGUACUGUGAGAAGCUCUCCAACGAAUUCCCCUUCCCAGUGGAGAAACAGAACUGUCACAGUGAACCUAUGAAGAAAUGUGAAUUAGAGACCCGAACCCGUCCUAAGAAAGCUAAAGUGUACAACUACAUUAAGGAGUGUAAACCGGUUAAUAGAGAGGUUUGUGAUAAAUGUGAUAAAAAAGCUCUUCGUCCUGUGUGUGACAAGGUACAGAAGAACGUAUGCAGCUACACCCCUGUAGAGACCUGCAAGGAGGAGAAGAAGAAAUACUGCUACAAGGCAGAGAAGAUAAUCAUUGAGAAAGUUUGCACAUCAGAGAGAGUUGAAACUAUCGAUGAGUCCUUUGUUUAUGUGUAAACUAAAUUUUAUGUUUUAUUCUAUUAAAAACUGUCCUAUUACUCUUAAGUUGUAAUAUUCAGAUUAAAUAAAAAUAAGAAAAUUUGAA